AUGUUGGAGCAGCGGAAAUUCCAAGCCCUUAUAAUGAGAGACGAUAAGCGUAGAUUUAAGCGGCGCCAUAUCAGCAAAUCACGAACUAAAUCACUACCCCACAUCGUCAGAGAGAAGAUGAAGAAGUACUUGGUGCUGUAUCUAGAAACUUCUUCAAUACAUGGUUUAAACCAUCUUGUGGCUGUUGGGAGACAUCCCUGUGAAAUCUUCCUCUGGUUCUCAAUGGUGUUGAUAUCAGUUAUCGGCACAGUCUAUUUCUCGUGGACCACAUGGAUUCGAUAUCAGUCGUCGCCAACGGUUGUGUCCAUGGAACGUGACAUGUUCGCGUGGAAUACCACCUUCCCUUGCCUGACUCUCUGUCCUAAAGAUAAAAUUGACACCAUGAAACUGAAUAAUUACCUCGAUUCCUCAAAGGAAGAAGACAAAGACAAACUCAAAACUUUCAUCAUUACAUUAGCAAAUGCCACUUACGAAAACUUCGAUACAGUGCCGAAAUACGACGGCAUAAAAUCUGAUGAUUAUUUGGAACUUCUAUUGAAUUUAUCAUCUCUAUUCAAGCCCACUCUAACAGCCAGUCCCACCGGAUUUAAUCUUGAAAUAACACCUACUGUCACAGAGAUGGGGCUUUGCUAUGCCGCUUUUUCAAAUGUUGCUAUAUACAAUUCCCCUCAAUAUAGAGACGAUAAUAGAUGGGACAUUGUCGACCAAAAUUCUUCAUUUGUUGUCCAUCCGUUAGAUGGCGAAGUAUUUACUCAAGUCAAUAUCACGAGCUCUUACUUUGCUUACAUUCACGGCCCAAUGGAGAUUCCUGACAUCACGUCAAAGCAUUAUUAUUCUUCAGAGUUGCUGUACAUGACACUUUACGUUAAUACUAUGGCUGUAUACACUUCAUCAGACGCUGCGAGCUUAAAUAUCGCCCAACGUCGUUGUCGUUUCCAUAACGAGAACAAUCUGAAACAUCACUCUGUGUACACAUAUAACAUGUGUCGCAUCGAGUGCAGGAUCCAGCUCAGUCUGAAACACUGUCACUGCAUUCCACACUUCUACAGAAGGAUCGGCGACGAAAAAAUAUGCGAUGUCAAAGGACUGCAUUGCUUACAUAAACAUAAAGAUUUACUUUUAAAAUUGAGAGACAGAGACGGGAAUAAAGUGAACUGUUCAUGUUUGCCACUAUGUGAUGAUGUCUACUAUAUUAUAGAUACUUAUACAUUACAAGAAUGGGCGCUUUCUACAACGAUGAUUCAGUGGGGUAUGGUGCGUUAUCCGAGAUUGAGAUAUAAACGAGAUAUUAUCUUCGGAUUCACUGAUGUUUUAGUGGCGGUCGGUGGAAUGGCGGGCCUCUUUCUGGGGUGCAGUGUCCUCAGCUUCAUAGAGAUCGCGUAUUUUCUCACCUUACGACUAUUUUUUUAUACGACGAGCAGUAUCAAAAACUAG